CAUAUAACAUAGGCUGCAGCCAAAAAUGCCCUCCACAUAUAAGAAAGACAAACCCUGGGAUACUGACGAUAUCGACAAAUGGAAGAUCGAGGAAUUCAAACCAGAACAUAAUGCCGGCGGCACGUUCACGGAGGAGUCAUCCUUCGUCAGCUUAUUCCCAAAAUACAGAGAAGCAUAUCUAAAAGAAACAUGGCCUAUGAUAACCAAAGCACUGGAGAAGCAUGGUAUCGCGUGUACCCUGGAUUUAGUUGAAGGAAGCAUGACCGUGAAGACUACUCGUAAAACCUUCGAUCCAGCUUCAAUUUUGAAUGCGCGGGAUUUGAUUAAGCUCCUUGCGCGAAGUGUGCCAGCACCACAAGCUUUAAAAAUCCUCCAAGACGAUGUAGCUUGCGAUAUCAUUAAAAUCCGCAAUCUCGUACGCAACAAAGAGCGGUUCGUAAAACGGCGACAACGUAUCCUCGGACCCUCCGGUUCCACCCUAAAAGCUCUCGAACUGCUAACAAACACCUACAUCCUCGUCCAAGGAAAUACAGUGUCCGCCAUGGGGCCAUACAAAGGCCUUAAGGAAAUAAGAAGAGUGGUGGAGGACUGCAUGAACAACAUUCAUCCUAUCUACCAUAUCAAGGAGAUGAUGAUCAAAAAGGAGCUCGCGAAAGAUCCUAAACUUGCAAAUGAAAGCUGGGAUCGCUUUUUGCCUCAUUUCAAGAAGCGGACACUAAGCAAGAGGAGGAAGCCGUUCAAGGUCACAGAUAAAAGCAAGAAGGUGUACACACCGUUCCCGCCCCCCCAGGAGAAGAGCAAAGUUGAUCUGCAGAUUGAGAGCGGUGAAUACUUCCUGAGUAAGCAGGCACGAGAGCGUGCUAAAAAGGAGGAAAUUAUAGAGCGCCAAAAGGAGAAGAGAGAAGAGAAGAAGAAGGAGCUGGAGAAAGAUUUUGUUCCGCCCAAGGAGGUGGACGAGGUUGAGAGGAAGAAAAAGAAACGGAAACGCCAUGAUGGAGAUGUAGGAGAAGGGAACGGAGAUAAAUCGUCCGAAAAGAAGGAGAAGAAGUCGAAGAAAAUAAAGCGGAUCGAGGGAGAGGAAUAAUCAUCUUCUAGUUUUGUUUGCUUGUUUAUGUUCAAUCAUAUCUGGCGCAAUGGUUGGAACCCCUCUUCUACUAUCAUCUCCUCCAGCACAUUACUAAAUAUUGUAAGCAUCCUCAUGAGCUUCUUGUUUGUUACUUUAUUUCCCCUAUCUCUACGAAUUAUGUAAGGGAAGAUACCCAUUUAAUUUGCCAUCUAGAUGACAUAUCUAUAUUAUGCAGAUGUCUACU